GUAUAAAUGAAAUCAGACUGAAAGAACGAACUGAAUUGUGAAAAUGUGCAGCACAGUUUUUAUGCAUGAUUAAUAUAAUACGGGAACUCUAUGAAUGAUUGCUGAUGACUGUAUAUGAUGGAGGAUUUCAGGAAGACGUACCUUCGCCUGUGUAAAGAGAGCGGCUUGGAGCCGCAGGAAUCCAUCCUCAAUCAGUUGCACAACGUGCGGGCAGCAGGGGACAGUGCUCGGCUUGACCUCUCCACGCAGACCCUCUCUGUCGACACCUGUGCUGUCCUCGGCAGAGUGCUGUACAAUGAUGUCUUGUUCACCGAAGUGGUGCUCAGCGACUGCAUGCUCACCGAAGAAGGUGUCAAGCUGCUGUUGCACGGGCUUUGUUCCAACACUACUGUUAAAGUGUUAGAUUUAAAGGGUAACAAUAUGAGAGCUGUCGGUUCAGAAGCAUUGGGUAAAUUACUGCGACAGAACAAGUCAAUUCGAAGGCUAACACUGGAGUGGAAUGCCCUAGGAAUGUGGGGAGAGGCAUUCUCUAUAUUCUGCGAAGGUCUGGGAUCCAACGAGGCUCUCAAACAGCUGGACCUCCGCAACAACCAGAUUAACCACCAGGGGGCAGGAGAGUUAGCUAUGGCACUAAAGAGGAACACCACACUGCAAGAGCUUGAUCUUCGCUGGAAUAAUAUUGGGCUGCUUGGAGGGCGCUCAUUGCUGGAGUGCCUGCAGCAGAAUAGGACGCUGCUACAGCUGGAGAUGGCAGGCAACAACGUUCCCAGUGACACACUGAAAGCAGUUGAGCAGUCUAUAGAUCACAACUGCGACCGGAAGUCCACUCUGAAGGAGAGCCGCAGCAAGACCCAGGUGCUCAGCAAGGAGAUUCAGAGCCUGAGAGAGGAGAAGGGCAAACAGUUCUUGAAUAUGAUGGAGACCAUCGAUAAGCAAAGAGAGGAUUUGGGCAGAAGCAGCAGAAUGUCUGCGGUACGAGUGGGCCAGUUGCAGGAGGCGCUGAAUGAAAGAAAGUCUGCAGUGAAUUCUCUAAAAGCGAAGUUGCAGAUGACUGAGGCUGCCCUGGCACUAUCAGAGCAGAAGUCACAUGACCUGGGGGAGCUGCUGAGCAGAGUGAAGCUGGAGAAGUCAGAGCUGAAAGAGAGACAGUCCAGGGAGAUGAAUAAGGAGCAGGAGGAGGCUGUCAUAAGAGAAGGUAAACUUAUCAGGGAGCUACACAUUUCAACUGAGAAGACACUGCACCUGAAAAGCAAGGUAGAUGAGCUGGAGCGGAGAUGUAAAGCUCAGCAGGAUCACAUCUUCGACCUGAAACAAGAAUUCACAAACUCCACGGCAGAGCUCAAACUCCGGCUAGCCCAGGCAGAAGAGCGUUUGGAAGCUGAGAAGAAAAGAUCCAAACAGACACUAGAUGAUGCUGAAAAUCUAAGGCAAAAAGAGGUGGAUCAUCUAAACCGUCACAGAGAGGAGAGUGAGAGAUCUCUGCAGGACCGGGUUCAGAAGCUAGAAGGGAUCCGGAUUCAACUUGAAGAAGAGCUGAGCCGAGUCAAAGCACUGUCUGUAACAGAGCGGGCCCAGUCAGAAGAGGAGCUGAUUAAAGUCAGGAAUCAAGUGCGACUGGAGGAGCAACAGCGAGUGAGCCACUUGGAGGAGAAGCUGAGACUCCUGACCCAGUCCCGGGAUGAGUCCCAGAUUCACUGCACCCAGCAGAAACAGACUGUCAGUGAGCUGCAGGCCAAGAACAACCACCUGGCCCUGGAGAUGGAGGGGCUGAAGCGCAGGAUCGAGGAGCUGCAGCAGGAGCUGGGUGGGAAGGAGCAGGAGAAGGUGGCUGAGGUGAACAAGGUGCGGGUGGAGCUGCAAGAGCAGAUUGGUCACCUGCAGGCAGAGAGGGCCACGCAGGGGGGCCUGAAGGAGAAGAUUGCAGCGCUGGAGAGAGAGUUGAAAGUGCAAACAAGCAACCACCGGGAGGCACUGCUGGAUAAGGAAAGCGAGAUUUCCUCCCUGCUGGAGAAACUGCGACUGAAAGACGGCGAGAUCAUGCGAAUGCGAGAGGAUGAAGCCCAGCGAGCCAGCUUUCUUCAGAAAGCAAUCCUUACCUACGUACAAGGCUCUCCUCUGGGCAGCUGUAGCCCAAAGAAAUGAGUUUGAGCAUUGCAACAAACAGCUACCUGGACUGAUUCUAAUACCUGUCAUAGGUUUUUUUUUUCAAUCUUUAUAGACUUACAAUGUUAGAGGCCUAGUUACUUUAACUUUCUCUGUGAUCUUAUCUGUUUACAUGGCUGAUUAAGCCAUGGUCUAUUAGCUGUUUCUAACAGUCUGGUGUUCCCUCAGCUGUUGCCUGAACUAUUUUCUUAAUGAAGACCCAGAAGCAGGUGGGCAUGACAAGGUAUGAUGGAACCCCCUCCCUGUUGCACAAAAACAGUGAUAAAAGGGGCCUUUACUUUUAGAAAUACCAGGUGUUAUGCUGCAUAUAGCAAUACAGCCACAGUGUCUUAAUACAUACAUUAUUAUAAAGCAAUAUAAAGCUGAAACAACAGCACUGUAUCAUCUUUUAAGCCAUUUCUUCGAUUUUAUAUGUGCUGAUUUGUGAACUUAGUAAAUCAGUUACAGUUUACAAUGCAACUUUACAUGAUUAUUAAUGACAAUAAAAAAUGUAUUACAUUUCAAUGUUCUACAGGGUUUUAAAAAACGUGUGUGUGU